CCUACCUUGUGUUGUCGUGUUCCUUUUGCAUUAUAGUCAUUUCUUCUCAGUUUCCCUUCGGUCAGAAGCAGGGGGUCGUUUUGCUGGUGUUGUGUUAAGUACAGUGUUUUGAAGUCUUCAAGUAAUACUGAAAAUGCCUGGUCCUGCAGCGAGUGCAACAAACGUGGGUGCCUCCAGCCGCUCCCCCAGCAAAGCCGUGGCCCCCAGAGCCGCGGGCUCCACAGUCAGACAGAGGAAGGCUGCCGGCAGCGGCACUCGGAGUGGGGGACGGUCCACCACGUCGGCAGGCACAGGGGGCAUGUGGCGCUUCUACACAGAGGAUUCCCCAGGGCUGAAAGUGGGCCCUGUUCCCGUCCUCGUCAUGAGUCUCCUCUUCAUUGCAUCAGUCUUCAUGCUGCACAUCUGGGGGAAGUACACUCGCUCAUGAAGAGGCCUCCUGCCAUUGGACCUGGACCAAAACUCCUACAGAUCUUAUUGGCUGCGAUGUCUGGCCCCACCUUCAAUUCGCAUCACUUGAGCUGCGUGCUCAAUGCAGAUUCUUCUGCAGCCUUUGCAUAACUUAACGUGUCAGUUUUAUAAAGUUUCCCUCAUCAGUUUUCUGUUCAGUAUCUUUUGUAAACGUCAUUUGUACAAAUGUGAAAUAAUGUACAAUAAAGUGGUUCUGGAACCCGG